CUACACCCUCUCCCACUAUAUCGCGAGAGACUGAUUGGGACAGCAGGCAGAGAAAUAUUCAUAUACCUGCAACAAGAGCAGUCGCAAAGCCCUUAUAAAUAAAUAGAUACGAUGAGAUUCAUCAAUAAGUUUAGCAUCAACAGGGGACAGCUAGACGGAGAGGAAUGAAUAUUAAUGUAAACAUUGGCAGACACACUGCCUGCUUAGCAAUACAGCCAGCUAGCUGACCAGCAGCUCAAACUUGAUAAUUUAUUAGCAGUGCUGUGUUAGCUAGUUAGCACCAGGCCAGCUCAAAAAUACGUUUGCACUGAAACCUAUUUGGAUUUUACUAAGGCCAACGAACAAAUAGCGUCAUAUGUGCACAGAAGCGAACAACUGCACCGGACUCGAGUUACACCGUGGCCUGAAAAUGGUCACAAAUCCCUACCGCAGGAUCCUCACUGAGCAGUAAACAAGAGACCACCUGAAAACUACCAUCAUCAGUUCAGCCUGCUGCUCCUGACAUGUUUUAGUUUUACUCCUACAUACACACAUUAUUGUGUAUAGAAUGUGAAGUACUUUAGGCAUUUACAGAGCCAAAUAAUUUUCUUUAAAUGGGGGAGGAAGAUUCCCAGUCCUUUUUAUCAGGCCACAUAUUUUUGGUCAGAUUUUCAGAAUCCGAGUCUAUCAUAAAAACGUAGCCUGAUGAACAGAUUGCGCGUCCCCCAUACACACCUAGAUCGCAGCCAUCCUGACGUCUUUGAUGAUCGGUUGGUCUGAGAUUGAUUAGUCAGUCAUGAACGGCUCCUUAUUAACGCCGCCGAGUCCACGGGCUGCGGCUAAUUCAUCUCCCCUUCCGCCUUCCCCUUCUCCAUCACCUUCUCCUCCAUCUCCAUCGAUGUUGCCCUUGUCCACCAGACCUCCGCCUUUGCCUCCUCCGACUCCUGCAGGUCAACCCUUGUCCUCGUUAUCUGACACACCCACACCAUCUCCAUCUCCCUGCCUCAGCUGGACCGAGUUCUGUGAGCUCCACGCCAGGGUAGCCGCUGGGGAUUUUGCUAGACAUUUCAGGGCCUUCCUUCAGGAGAACCCGCAUUACUCCCCUGAUUCGGCAGCUCUGUUUUGCCGUCGCUUUACAGACAGAUUUGUUCGGCAUUUUGAGAGCGAGCUUGAAGUAACUGGUGUCAGUAGGGAAGGUACGGUGAAUUGGGUCGCCCAAUCGGAUGUUACCUCGCUAGAGGAGGAUGCUGCAUCUCCGUCUUUGCUACCGGCGGAAACCGCUGCCGCCUCAUGCCCGCCCAUUCACACACGGGCCACUCCCAAAUCAAUCCUGACCCAGGAAAGCCGUAGUACAGACCGAUUCCAGAACUCUGGAGGCUUUCAGGACUCGUACGCUCACACGCAGAUUCUCCCACCGUCCUCCUCGUCAUCUUGCUCGUCCUCUAUGGGUGGAAAUAACGGGCGCAGAGAGGAGAGGGGAAUGGCGCUCAAACACAAUCUGCCGGGAUAUAAAGACCUGGAGGAAGAGGAAGAUAGCUGGGCAGGACCUGUAACCCUGGAGGAGGUAGAGACAGACAUCAUAGGACGGGACAAUGAGGGCGAGGAUUUAGAAAGAGCUGACCUCAGCCUCACUCCCUCAAGUGCACCAGCAAACUCAAAAGGCAACGGGACGCCAAUUGGGGGUCACUCCAAGAACAAGUUAAAGAAGCGUUUCUCUUUGCGCAGUGUGGGACGGAGUGUCAGAGGGAGUGUGAGGGGCAUCUUGCAUUGGCGCAGCUCCUCCAGCGACUCCCCGCAGAACUGCAGCAACUCCAGUCCUCUUCCCUCCAGCUACAGCUACACCACUGGCCUGCAGGACGGCAAGAGGAACUCCGGCUCACAGGGGGUUCCCUCUUCCCUCCCAGUGUCUCUCUCUCUUCCCCUUUCCCUCCCUCACUCCUCGUCCUCUUCACUGCCCCCUUCGUCCUCCAGCAGCGCCACUUCUCUUUCGCUCUCCGAGGCCCGCGAUUGGCGGAGGAGCAACGGAGAUGGUGAGAAGGAGAAAUGGAGUCACCGGUUGGAGAAACUAAGGCUGUCUCGCUCUCCUCCGCCAAAUUUGUCCAAUGCAGGUCCUCCAUCCUCUGUUAUCUCCCCUUCAUCGCUCCCGCCCAGCAGCAUCAGCGCCUCCAGGAAGUUAGGCAGGCUGGUGCGGGAGGGAGGAGUGACCGUGUGCUCAUCUUCGGAUGAGUUCGCCAGCACUCACGGGUUCCCAGGCUUUUCCUUUGGACUGCUGCAUCACGGCGCAGACAGCACUGUGUCUGGACAUCCCACAGCCAUAGGGGGCGCUGUGGGCGGACGAGGUACACGUUGGCACAAGUGCCGCCUAGUUCUGAAAGAACGAGAUAAGGAUGGAGGGGAUGGAGGGUUGGAGUAUUUCCUGGAGUUUUACAUCCCACCGAAGUCCUCCAAGCCCAGACUGACUGUCCCAUGCUGCUCUAUUGUUGACGUGAGGAGCACUACAGCUAUAGAGGUGCCAGACAAGGAGAACACCUUCCUUCUACAGAUGGAAGGUCAGGUGCAGUACGUGAUCGAGACCAGAGAUGCGGUUCAGAUGAGAGCGUGGCUCAGCGACAUCAGAAACGCUAUCUGUUUGAGUGAGCAGGAGGAUGUUGAUGGAGUGUGUGGCAGUGCUCUUACUGACCUCAGCGGUACGCCGGAAUUCAGCGACCGCCUGUCUCAAGUGUGCUAUGGUGGAGUGGGUGGUUCUCCACAGCUGGAGCCUCUACCUCCUGAAUUACCGCCCCGUGCCCCUCUGGACGAAUCAGACAGUCGGCUGCUUGGUGGGGGCGGAGCCAGUCUCGGCACACCUUUUGCUGAAACCCCUGAUGCCACAGGGUCGUUCCUGUUCUCUGAUGUGUCUGUGUCUGAGACGGUGGAGCAUCCUCUGAGCGAGUGUCAGUGGUUUCACGGCACACUCUCACGUCUUAAAGCGGCUCAGCUGGUGCUGGCGGGUGGCAUGGCCAGUCAUGGAGUAUUCCUCGUGAGGCAAAGUGAGACACGGCGUGGGGAGUAUGUGCUCACUUUCAACUUCCAGGGGAAAGCAAAGCACUUGCGUCUCUCUCUGAACGAGGACGGACAGUGUCGCGUGCAGCAUCUCUGGUUCCAGUCUAUUUUUGACAUGCUGGAGCAUUUCCGUGUGCACCCCAUUCCCCUGGAGUCUGGGGGCGCCUCUGAUGUCACCCUUAUCAGCUUUGUGGGGGCCACAAAUGUCCGGCAACCAGGCCGGGAAAGGGCAGGCAGCCGCCCCACAGUCUGUGAUGUCAUCACCACGCGCCACCCCGACUCUCCAUCAACCCCCAUCUCUGACUGUGUACUUGACCAGCAGACCCCGUAGUCCUCCCCAACCGCCGCCUCCACCCCUGCCUCCAGGACGCCCUCCGCCCCCAACCCCGCCGCAGGAGCGUGGACCCGAACCCGAGGCGGCCGGCGG